CGGCGAGCGCCGGCCCGCGGAGGGGCUGGAGCCGAGGGAGCGAGGCUGGAGCGGAGCUCCCUGUCCCGCCGCGAGGGCGUCGAGGCGAGAAGAGGGAGCACGGCCGGGAGUGAUGCAGCACGGGGUGCAAAAGGCAGUUUGUAACUACUGCAGGCUCUGCAGACUCCUGAUUGUGGGCUGCUUUGAAGAUCAGAGGGGACUCUGAGUGACCUAGUCAGAAGGGUUUCACUAAAACAGUGACUAUGGACCUCUGCACGCAGCAAUACCAACUCUGUCUGGGUUGGGUAUGGGCAAACAGUCAUGUUUCUGAUACAUUACUUAGAGUACACACUGAAAAUGUUAUGGCAGCUGCAGUGGGUGAGACAUCUGUCUUGAAGAAAGCCUGAAAAAAAAUCCAUCAGCGUUAAUAAAUACGAACUUGCAGAAUGAGUCUAGACUGGGUCAGCCCUUACUGUCUGGUACAUGGAGUACCAAAGCCGUUUUAGCUCUCGAGACUAAUUUUUCAGCCUCAAGCCUUGCUUCUGGAGGAUUCCUUUUAUCUCACAAAGUUUGUCAACAGGGAUUUCAUUCAGCUAAUCAUGUCUUUAAAUUCAUCUACGCUCUUAAAUGAAGAAAACCCUGAAGGACCAAAAAGAAAUACUGAAUGUUUGGAAAGUCUGGAAUUGCAGACUCCGUCCUCAUUUCAAGAUCACCCACUUCAGCAAUUACAGUUAGCAUCACAGAAAGUACUUGAAAAGGCAAAAAAGAGUGGCAGAUCAAAAUGCCCCCGAUGCAGUAGUUCAAGGAUGUUUUAUUGUUACACAUGCUUUGUUCCUGUUGAAACUGUGCCUACCAAAGAAAUUCCAACUGUGAAGUUACCUUUGAAGAUUGACAUUAUUAAACACCCAAAUGAAACAGAUGGUAAAAGCACCGCUGUGCAUGCUAAGCUCCUGGCACCUGAUGAUGUUACAAUUUAUAAAUACCCUUGCAUUCCAGAAUAUGAAGAAAAAAGACAUGAAAUAGCACUUAUAUUUCCUGGCCCAAAUUCAGUUUCAGUAAAAGAUAUCACUUUCCAUCUCCAAAAGUACACUAAGAAAAGUAUUUGUGAUAAUGACGAUGACUAUUCCAGAGAGCCAUUUCUUAAGCAAGCAAAAAUGGAACCUAAAGAAGAAGAAAAUAAUCUAAAUAAAUGCAUCUCGAGCAACAGGAGUGAAGGCACUAGACUAAAGAAAAUAAUAUUUAUUGACAGUACCUGGAAUCAGACUAACAAAAUAAUAACUGAUGAACGACUUCAAGGGUUGCUGCAAAUUGAAUUGAAGACAAGGAAAACUUGCUUUUGGCGUCAUCAGAAGGGAAAGCCAGAUACAUACCUUUCCACAAUAGAAGCAAUUUAUUAUUUCCUUGUGGACUAUCAUCAGGAGAUUUUGAAAGAGAACUACAAAGGACAAUAUGAUAAUCUGCUUUUUUUCUUUUCAUUUAUGUACACAUUGAUUAAAAAUGCCAAGUGUUGUGCAGGAAAAUAAGAUGUCUGUCUAUAGACCAGUGGUGUUGCAAUAGGAUGUUUAGAAACAUACCACAGAAGAAUGAACGGAAGAGAAUACUCCACACCAAUAUACCCAAGAUUGAGCCCAACUCAGCCUGCAGUCCUGUGCGCUUCACUUCCCUUACCUGUAAAGUUAACUUCUGCCUCUGAGUAACAUGUCUCUACGUAUGAAGCUGGGCCCAUAAAGCAGUUGAACUCAGCAUGAAAUCUAAAGGCUGAGUAUUUUUAAUUCAGAGGUUCUGAUGAUAAAAUUUUCCAGCAGGGAUAGAAGAGUUAUACAGAAGUGUGUGUGUGUGUAAUAUCAAUAAGUAUAUACCUCCCUCCUCGAAAUAAAUGCAUUAGGACAUGAGCCAAAGAUUUUCUCCUAUGCUGUUUCUGUCUUAGGGAACAUAGAGACAAGGAAAAUCAAAGUGUGGUAUCAGAGCUUACAGAAUUAAAUAAUAAACUGUUACAUGUAUGUAGCAAAUGUAUACUUCAAUUAGAUACAGACAUAUAGCUGACCCUGUUAAUGUACACAGAUGAGUAGUUUGACUAGAAGUUCAUUUGUUAAGUUCAGAUGCGCUAUCCAGGACAAGUGCUGUAUUAUCCCUCCAAACAAUGCACUGGAAAAACAAGUAUUUCAUACCUUUUCACCAUUCUGAAUAUCGCUGUUAAUGACCCUAGUAUAGUUCCUACUUGUCUCAUAAAGUACCAUGUUUUCUUUGCAUCUCCAAGUGAAGUAUUAAGAUUUGUUAAAAAAAAAAAAAAAAAAGGACAUCCAUCCAGGCUUAACAGGGCAUGCCAAAAGAGGCCAACAGGGUAAACAGAUUAUUCCAAAACAAUAAAAAGACUAAAACUGCAGAGAAAUUUUAGUGUUGAACUACACAGAAAUUGACUCACCUGCAUAGAGGAAAUGCCAUGGAUCAUGCUCUGCCAUUUGUUAAGCAGAGAAGAGGAGGAAGGAGCAAGAGCACACCCACUCUGGUACUAAGGAAAAUGUGUUUGCCUCAAGUAAUUGUGCACGUGAACACCUAUAGUGAACAUGCGUAUAUAUGAGCCUUUGUGGAAAAUUUGUAUUAUAUAUAGUGCAAGAUAGUGUUUUCCUUGUUGUCUUUUCCUUAUUGUCUUUUGAUUACUUACUGGAGAAUAAAAUAAUCAAACCAGAGUUAGUGUUUUUCUGAUGUUUUAGCUUUUUAUUAAUAAUACACAUUUAGUUCAUGAAUUCCUCAGUUUCUGCUAGUAUUUAUUUCAGUGUAAUUUUAUUACAAACAAUGGCAUGUAAACCUAUUAGUGUAACUGUAAAUUUUGUAAUAUACCUUCUGUCCUACCAAAGUGAAAUAAGACCUAGCCUUUACUCUGUGACAAUACAUUUUUGUACUUAUGAUCUGGAAUAACAUGUAACUUUUAAUAAAACAAGUUGUCUGUGAGGCAAAUAA